UCCUUUUCUCCUCAUUUUUUCUGCCCUGCCACCGCUGACAGUAAAAGCAAUUUCUGAUUAUUUUCUGUGGGCUACAUUUUCCCCACAGAUGUCCAUUUUUACCACACUUUCCCAAUUUGUCCCCUCCAUCUCUAUUCCUUCCUCUGCAACUCUUUCUGUGCUCAUAUUGAGGAAUGCAGCAUGAGGCAAGCGGUGGCUUUUUGGCUGUUGAUACUUGCGACUCUGCUCCCAGGGUCAGUGCAGGGUCCACACCAACGUUUUCUUCUCAAGGAGCUGCUGAGGGACUACAACCCCAUGGAAAGACCAGUGGCCAACGACUCCCAGACCCUCACUGUUCACUUCUCCCUCAUUCUAAUACAGGUCAUGGAUGUGGAUGAGAAGAAUCAGAUCCUCACCACAAACGCCUGGCUGCAGAUGCAAUGGUAUGACCACUAUCUCCAGUGGAACCAGUCAGAGUAUCCUGGAGUCAAGAACCUUCGUUUUACCCCUGACCAGGUCUGGACCCCUGACAUAUUGCUCUAUAACAGUGCUCACGAUAAAUUCGAUGCCACGUUUAAGACCAAUGUGCUGGUUAACUCCAGUGGCUUCUGCGAAUAUCUGCCUCCAGGGAUAUUCGUCAGCACAUGCAAUGUGGAUGUGAGAUGGUUUCCAUUUGACAUCCAGCGCUGUGAGCUGAAGUUUGGUUCAUGGACCUUUGACGGAUGGCUGCUGGACAUCCAGAUGAAGGAGGCAGAUGUGUCGGGGUACAUGUCCAAUGGAGAGUGGGAUCUCAUGGAGGUCCCCGGAGGUCGUAAUGAGGUUUUCUACGACUGCUGUGCAGAACCGUACCCAGAUGUUACGUUCGUAGUAACGCUACGAAGGAGAACCCUGUUCUAUGCUCUCAACCUGCUCCUCCCAUGUGUGCUCCUCUCCUCCAUGACCCUGUUGGUCUUCUUGCUCCCAGCCAACUCUGGGGAGAAGAUCAGCCUCGGCAUCACUGUUCUGCUUUCUCUAACUGUCUUCAUGCUGAUGGUUGCAGAGAUUAUGCCCGCCACUUCCGAUUCCGUACCUCUGAUUGGUCAGUACUUUGCCAGCACCAUGGUGAUUGUUGGGAUGUCGGUGGUGGCCACAGUCAUCGUCCUCCAGUUCCAUCACCACAGUCUAGACAGCGGACAAAUGCCACGCUGGGUGCAUUUGGUUCUGCUGCAGUGGGUUCCUUGGUUUCUGCGCAUGAAGCGACCAGGAGAGGGAGCAGAACCCACUCUUUCCAGCAGCCAAGCAGACUCUCACAGCAAGACCCUGUCCUCUCCAACCACCACUGCAACCACCAUACCCAUACCCAUCCCAGCUUCUUCCAUUCUACCACAGAGUCUUGGUUCCCUGCAGGCAAGUUUGGCGCAGCUCAGCCACCCUCUGUCCAACCAACUUCCUCACCGCCCAAACUCCCAGGCUAUUAUCCAGCCUAACCCCAGCUCCAAUCCACCACCUCAGCCCAAUGGUCAUCUGCCUUACAUGGGCUUUCAAACCUUCCAGACCACUGCUGAACUGGAACCUGUUCAGAGGUGCCGAACUACCAGCCAUGGGAGGGCUAACAGAGGACCAGGUGGUGUUGGGGAUGGAGAUGAAGGGGUUGCUGUGGGAGGAGGAGGUGGAGGAACGAUUGGAGAUAUAGCAAUACAUCAACACCUCCAUUCUUCAAAGUUUGGUAGUCCCCCACUGGAUACUCUAGUGUCCCCAGACCCUGAGCCAGCAGGCACAGCCACUGGACCCUGUGGCUUAGAGCCUGGGGGUGGGAGAUCAGCCGCACUACACAGCCACAGUGGGAUGAUUCGAUCUGUUGCUGUGGACAACCAGCUACAGGCUCUUCUAACGGAGGUGCAGUUCUUAGUGGAGCGUGUACGCGAGCAGGACCGUCAGCUGAGUCUAGCGGAGCAGUGGCAGUUCGCUGCCGCCGUCAUCGACCGCCUGUGCCUGGUUGGAUUUAGUGUUUUCAACAUCAUCUGCACCAUUGCUAUCCUCAUGGCUGCACCUAACUUUGGAAUAGCACUGUCAAAAGACUUCCUCUGAGAGGUAAAGAAGCAAGUCUGAGAAGGACGGCGAUGUGAUGAGGCAUUGAUGGAAGCACAAUUUUGAUUUUAAAAGCUGGAAAAAACUGCUGACAGUGACUAAGAAACUUUACCGUUCAUUUUCUUAUGGAACAUAUUCAUACCUUCCUGCUUACAAUAGGUUGUUAAAUUUAAAGAAAAAAUAACUCUGAACAAAACUCAAUAUGUAGCAUAUGUGAAAAUGAUCAAUUUUGACUUAAACUAAAUUUGAAAAGUAUAGCAUUUGUAAAUGAUGCCUAGUUAAAAGCAGAAGAGGGUUAUUCUUGUGUCCUCAUUUCAACAUUAAAUUAUGAAAUUAUGAAGUUUUCCCACUGGGUUUUGCUCUUUCUGAAGGUUUUGGUUCAAUCUCUCUGUCAAGGCCUACCAACAGCAGCCCUCACAACUCUUACUCAUCAUGCUAAACUCAUCAGCUAAAUCCGCCAUCCAUCAGUAAAAGCCAACACUGCUACAUGUCUUCAUGAACAGCAAAGCUUGGCCCAAUAGGGUGGAAAACCUGGAUAACUUCUGUCAAAGUGCAGAGACUGAGGAACGUUUCUCUGCAUCUGGGAUGAUGAAGAAAUAAACACAUCAUCUGCCUUGAUGUUUCACAAUGCAGCACGAAAAUAAUUGUUGAACACAUCAACAUUUUUCUCAGUAAAGGAAGUGGGGCUGGUGCCUAUCUGCCGUGACCACUCCAUUAUAGAGUUGUCCAGGAGCCAGGGACCCCUUGCAAAGCUAUCUGCAAGAAAGACCUGGAAUGAUGUAGGUAAAACAUUUCUCUGAAAACAAAAAGUGGAGCCCUCAAGUGCAAUGGUCUCUAUGCACACUCACUGCACAAAAAUCCAUUGCUGAAAAAAAGAACAUUGAGGCUUGCUUAAAUUUAUUUUACAUUUACUAGAAACACAUUUGUUGAUAAUAAAAGCUUUCAUGACAUCUCAUGUACAUAGAAACUUGUUACAUGCGUUGUUCAGGUGUGUUUUUGACCAAUUCUUCCACAUAAGCUGUCUUCAAAUCUUGAAAGUUCUGGGGACCUAUUCUACGCAUUCAAUUUUCUUCAAUGUGGUUCACGACAAGUGAUUGACUGGGCCAUUCUGGCAGCUUUUAUUUUGUUUCUCUGAAACCAACUGGUUUUCUUGGAUGUGUGUUUUGGAUCAUUGCCUUGCUGUAACAUUGGUCCUUAUUUCAUAUUAUAUGAAAUUCAUGUAAAGAAUUUUCCUCUACAUUUCUCCAUUUAUCCUUGAUGCAUUUAUAUGCAUCUUUCAGUAAUAUAUGCUGACAAAAAGACCCACAUCAUGAUUUCCCCACCUCCAAACUUAAGUAUUGGUAUGAUGUUUUUAGGCUGAUGUGCAGUGGAAUUCUUCCUCCAAAUCUGGUAAGUUAACUUUUGAUUUUAUCUGACCAGACUAUAAUCUCACCCAAAUGUUCAGCAGCAAACGUUAAAUGAGCUUCACCAUGCUUUUUCUUCAGCAGUAGAGUCUUGCGCAGUGAGCGUGCAUGGAGGGCUUUGCAGUUGAGGACAUUAUUUAUUGUUUUCAUGAAUAAACUGUAAUUCCAGGUCUUUCUGAAGUCCUCUGUGAAUGUUUUUUGAUUGUUGCACAACUCUUUUGAUUAUCCCAUUGACUUCUCAGUGAGAAAGCUUGUGGGGAGCACCUGAUCACCUUGAUUCAACUCCCGGAUUAUGGCUGCAACUGUGCUCAUGGAAACGUUCAAGGCCUGUAGUCACAAAGAGUCAAAAGUAGCUCCUAGUGACGUCAUUCUAAGAAAAAAUCUUUGAAUUUCUCCAAUUAUAAGAUUUGUCUUAGAAUUUUCCCUCUGUAAAAUAAAAAUUAUUCACAAAGCAUCUUAGGCCUUCAGAGAGCUCCUAACGUGAGGAAGUGUUAAGAGCAGUGAGGAGGACUUUUAGUGAGUUUAAGAGUGUCUGAAGCAGAGAAGAUUGAGGAAAGACAGAGAGAAUAGAUAGAUAUUCUCUUUCCAAUGAACAACAGUAAAUUAAUAAGAUGCUACCAGCUCGAUCGUGUAGGGAUCUACCCCUAAACAGUUGAGUAAAUGAGCACAUAAACUUCUAUAACAAUCAUACGAUUAUUAAUAUAGAGAUAAGGUUUAUUCUAUCAUCCCCUAGGGCGAAAUUAAAGAGUUUAAGUGGCAGGACAGGUUAAAAGUGCACCUCUAGUAAGGUAAUAUUAGGAAGGAUAAAUUAAUAGAAACAGUAUUAAAUGACCAUGAAUAAAAAGUGAACAAAAUUACAAAGAAUGUAGUACAGAAUUAUUUAAAUAUUUACAGACUGUAAAAUGCUUCAAAAAAUACAUUUAGAAAAAAUGCUCUCUGAGAAGACUCGGGCCCUGAUGUUCAGAGAUACGUCUGUAAGGACAGCUAUCAGUUUAAUCUGCAACAAUGAGGUUGUGAAGGGGUUUGAGAGAUCUUUGCUCUUGCCCAUCAUAGCAUGGUUUUUAUGAAAUAAUUUGGUGAUGAUGGCCUAUAAAACUCAGUUUAAACUAGAAGAAGUCAAUAUUAAGUAGUACUGAUAGAAGGUAGGUUUGCUCUCUAAAUCCUUCAGCUGGUUUCUUGGUUUUCUAUGGUAUUUUGAAGUAGAUUUUAUUUGUUUUUAACACAUUACCUAUUGUAUUCCAUUUUAUUACACAAUCUAAUUUGCAGGACUGUUUGUCUUAAUUUCCUUGUAUUUGUGGAUAAUGUUGGUUAUUAGUGACAUUUGGUGGGAAUUUCCUGUCAUUUGGCCCAUUUAAAAUAUAUUUACAAAGAAAAACACUGACAUGUUCAGUAUUUGUAUGCUAGUAAUCUGGAUGAUUGACCCACAGGUGCAUCCACAAAUGGCAGAUGAAGUUAUCACAGGAUUUGAACCUUGGUCAAAAUUUUGCUGUUUGAGUUCCAAGAAAACAGGAUCAUGUUGUUGGUUGCUAGAAAAAUUUCAAAUUUUUUUUUUUAACCACUUUUUACAUUACCAUAUGGGUACAGGCAGCCAUGGACAAACAUAUUUUCAUAGGUUCAGCUUCUUAUUCCACUAAGUGAAACAACUGUUAACGUUUGUUUUUAUACGAGGAAGUGAAGAAUAAGACUGCUUAGUUCUCUGGAUUACUAUCUGUUAAAAGUAGGUCCUAUGAGGGCUCUGUAGCGCUAAAAUAUUAAAAUUACAAUUCAAGAUGAUUAAUUAAUACAUAUGAGAAGUGAAACCUGUGAUCUGACCUUGACUCCAUAAGAUUUUUCAGAUUUGUCUUUUAACUUUUUCUUUUUGUAAAAUUGAGCUUCAUUUGGUUUGCAGUGUACAUAUCAUGGUUUAUCAAAUUACUUUUGUGUAAAAAAGACAAAGAAAAAACAAAUACAAGUGCAUAAAAUACCUAUAUUGAUUUGAUAGUUGUAA